CACACACACACCGGCCGCAACAUGACGGGCGGGCGGACAGACUGACAGACCGGGGCACCGCCGCUCCGCACGGAUUAUUCUCCCCGCGCCGGGCGGACGCAGCGACCCAGCGGGGCGGGGGCGGUGCCGGUGCCGGUGCGGCGCUGCCAGGAGGGUCCCAGCCCCCGCCGGCAAACGGCGAGCGCGUCGGGCGCUGGAGGAGCCCGGCCAGAUUAUUUUAUUGGCUGUGAAGAACCACGGACCCUUUGUGCCCUGAUGGGGGACUCGGGAUCCAGACGAGCGACUCUUGUGUCUCGGUUGCCGAUAUUCCGGAGAAGCGUUAGCCGGAGACACGACUCCCUGCCUUCCUCGCCUUCUUCUGCCAAUGCCAUUGGUGUCCACACCUCCUCUCCAUCCAGCACUAACUCCAGCUCAGGGAGCACAGGAAAGCGCCGGAGUAUUUUCCGCACUCCUUCCAUUAGCUUCCAUAACAAGAAAGGCAGUGAGCAGAAGCCUGACUCAGCGAAUCAGAAUGUUAACAUCUCAAAUGGUGCCCAGUCCUCUCUUAGCACUUUUCAAAAACUCAGCUUAGACGAGCACAUAAAAAGCAGAGGAAGGCAUUCAGUUGGCUUUGGCAGCUCCCGUAACAAGAAGAUAACAAGGUCUUUGACAGACGAUUUUGAAAAGGGAAAGGAGCCCUCUGCUAAUAAGAAUGUCUUUAUCAAUUGUAUAAGCUCUGGGAAGAAUGAGGGUGACGAUUCAGGCUUUGCAGAAGAGCGAAGCCGAUAUUCCGUCAAACAGUCCACACGAAAACUUCUUACUAAAUCUUUUUCAUCACACUACAAAUUUUCCAAACCAGUUCCAGAGAGUCAGUCGGUUUCCUCGGUGCAGCAGCCCAGGUGCUUUCUGGAAGUUAAAUCCUACGUGGAGAGCGAACCUGUGAUGGCCAAGUCGUCUCCUCCAUGCUCGGCUGAGACGACGGAGUGCAUGGGCAGCUCCCUGCAGUCCCCGCUGCUCUCGGCUGACCUCACGGCUGCCCAGACCCCCUCGGACUUUGUCGCUCUGACCGAGGACUCUGUUUCAGAGGCUGAUGCCCUGCCCAGCAGUGGGCCUGGGGCACUGCUUGCAGAGGAUUUUGGCCACGAUGUCUCUACCUCUCAGAUCUUCUUUAAUCCUGCUGCUGCUCCUGCGAGGGAGAUGGAUACUGUACAAAGCACUGGCCGUUCUGCUGGUGUAUCUCCUGUGAGUCAUGCAAGCUCGUGCAGCGUGGAAUCCAGUACCUUAUUCAAAACCUCAGUUCCUAAUCAAACAAAAGUGCUGUUUCAAGCCAAUGGACUACAUAUAAAUGAUGCCAGGCACAUAGAAAAAAUAAACUCAGAAAAUGCACAUGUAGAAACCUUGACGUCACAGCGUAGUGAAGAACCAGUGACACUCUCUCCAAAGGCACGGGCCUUAAGUGAGAGCAGAGAUGAAAGCACUCCAUCCAAGCACAUAAGAGACGCAAUUCCUGUAGUGGAGUCGAAGACUGUUCCAUGUUCUGAACCUCAGUCCCUUAAAACACAACAGGGUUAUGAAUCAAACCAUCCUAAAGCUGAUCUUGCCAAUAGCCUCAGUCCGUACCGGGAAGGCAGAUUUGUUGAGAAGCGGCUGAGGUCCUCUUCAGAAGGUACGGCUGGGGGCAGCCGGCUGAUCAUAAAACCAAGGGAUGGAAAUGCAGAAGAGCUGAACAGCCUAAGGAAGCAGAGAGCAAGCUCAUCCUCUUCCAAAAUGAACAGCAUGGAUGUUUUGAAUAACUUGGGUUCCUGUGAGUUGGAUGAAGAUGACCUAAUGCUUGACUUGGAGUUCCUGGAAGAGCAACAUCACCAUCGUUCUGUGUGCCGGGAAGACUCAUACCAGUCAAUAGUGUCGUGUGCUGCUGUAGUACUUACCCCUGUGGAGACAGCUAUGGAUUCAAGGAAAAAAGAGCAGAUGAUAAUGCCUGAUGUGUCCAAACAGAAUCUAUCCCUGAAGCUGUCGAAGGAGGUGGAGCAAGGAGAAGCCAGGUACCCUCGUGUCAGCCAGCUGGCUGGCAGCCCAUCUGUGGAGUGGCCUUUCACUGGACUGGAAGAAGGUGGAGGCAUUGAGUCUCUGCCCUUCAGAUUGAUGCUCCAAGACUGCACGGCUGUGAAGACAUUGCUUCUGAAAAUGAAGAGGGUUCUUCAAGAGAGUACAGACAUGAGUCCAGCCAGUAGCACAACCUCCCUCCCUGUUAGCCCCCUUCCUGAGGAGCCAUCGUUUUUCAAGGAUGGAAUAAAAGAUGAAUGUUCACUGCUGAAGCUGCAGCUGAAGGAGAGAGACGAACUCAUAGCUCAGCUUCGUGAGGAGCUGGAAAAGGCUCAGUGCUUUCAGAAGGCUCUUGCUUCCCAAGCAGAUAAAUCCACACAGACAGAACUCGUAGGACAUGAUACUACAUAUCCAAUCAGAAUGGUGAGCCAAAAUCUCAGCACAAGGGACAGAAAGUCAGCACAUACUCCCACCGAGGACCCUUUUAGACACCCACCAGGCAACCAAGCAGCAGCGUACGAAAGCAAGAGCUGUCAGCUGUCUAAUUUGUGUCUGAGCAGCCUCCUGAAGGAGAAGGAGAUCGUGGAAGUCAUCAAGCACACGCGAGGCACGUACGAAAGCCUGGCUUCAGAGGUGACGCAGAACGGUUUGGCCCCCAGCACAGCGAAGCCGGCAUCCGCGGCCGACGGCUUCCCCAUGUUCUCAGGAGCUCCGAAGGACCAAAGCGCUGUGCCUCGGCAGCACACCACCUUCACAGGGAGACUGGGACAGCCCCCCAGGGGACCCAUCUCUCUACACAUGUACAGCAGGAAAAACGUUUUCCUCCACCACAAUUUACACACGGCAGAGCUGCAGACUUUAGGUCAACAGGAUGGCUAACAAGGUGCUUAUUUUCUUGCCGUGGAAGGAGAGUUGAUUAAAGAGGGAUGUAAGCUCACCUAGAGCUCUUCUUCAGUUCUCAUCUGCUGCUACUUUCGUGUGAAAAAAAAAAGAAAUUAAAUUUGAACAUUGUGUGUAGGUUCCAUAUUUUCCCACCUCGGACUGAGGCAAAAGGAUGAACAAGAUUGUUAAAUAACUGGGCUGAUUUGUCUUGCAGAAGUCAUGGGUUUAAUAAGUGGGACCACUGGCUGGCACUCCUAGUCCAAUAUUGGCUAAAUAUAUUUUUUUCCCCUCUAUAAAUCUCUAUCAUUCCCUGGAGUUCUAGAAGAUGAUCUUAAAUAAAACCUGUAUGUUUAAUAAUAUUACCGUUAAAGUAGAUGUGAGGAAUAAAUAGAUACGUAAUUAGUAAACCCUCAUGAAUUUCAUGGACAUUAGGGAAAUUAGGAGUCAGAAAUCUUUCAGGACCCUCUUUUUACACUUCUGUUUUUUAAUACAGUGAAAUUUGGUCAGUUACAGAGUGUUACCACUUCCUGCUGUACGUGUUUCAUGAGUGCCUCAUGCCACAAGUGGAGGAAGUGAUUGAUUUUCCUCUAACAGGUUCAUAGAGAUUCACCAGGUUUUUGAGUCAGUAAAUUAGGUCCCAGACUGAGGAUGUCAGCUUGUUUCCUCAACCUUCCCUCUUCAACACUUUUAUUUAACUACAUUUCUUUGACUGUUUCUGUUCUAUAAGGGCAUGUCAAAUUGUGGUGAUCUUUGUGCUUUACAGGCACUGUAGCACUCAUGAUGCAAUGUGACAUUCUGCUGUGUAAUUCAUCCUAUAAUUUCAUUUCACUUCCCAAACCAAAAAAUGUGUGAAAGACUAAAGUAACAUAAUAAUAAUAAGGCAAAAUAAUCUUUUUCCCCACGCCAACCAACCUACAUCAGUCAUAAUUUCUGUGGGUUGUGUCAUCUGCAUUUAAGGACCUGUUGGUUUACACCAGUUCAGUGGGUUUGUUAGUCUUGACAGGUUACAAACAAGUGAGAUUAAUUUAUUAUCUGGUCUCACAGGAGUAUGAAGUCAUCUGACCAUGCCACAGAGACCUGUCAGUAGCAGAAGACCUGCUUUUACCCUCUCAGAGGUUUGGAAACCUCUGAGUCCAGUUACUCUAAACACGUGCCAUAUGUGAAACAUGACACUUCAUUUACAACCUCUCUGAUGCAGGGUAAUCUGUUUGAGUUGCAAUGGCACAUGCAGUUAGUAGUUUAAGAAUAAUUUGGCAUAUUUAAGUACAAUUGAGUCAGAUCUGAGACAAGUCACCUCUCUCGUUAACUGGUGAUUAAUAGGGAAAGACAAGGGUGUAGCAUGUUCUCACACACAGAAACAAGCCAUUGUGACUUAACAUGUAAAAUAAAGCUUCUGCAGCCACUAACAAUCUGCAACUUUUAAAUGUUGUCACAUGGAGUAUAUGAAAUGAAGACAAAAAUUUACCUAGUGUUAAAUAUAUCUGCUUCACUGCUUAAUAUUUGGAUUAAUACAAGGAAAUUGCACUAACAAGUCUUGCUUAGACUAAGAAAAAAAAUAGACUAUGAGCUUGGCAGAUAUUCUGUAAAGUAAUUUCAGCAGCCUGAAAUUCCAGGCUUCUGUUUAUUGAGGAUUUUAUUUUGAUUAAAGCUGAUUUUAUUACAUUAUCUGAUGUUGAAGAGAGCAGGUUUUUUCUAAAUAUUCUGUAGUGAUCAUUUUUGGUACCCAGAAAUGGAUGCAUAAGCACCAAGACAAACAUUUGCCAAAAUUCUUUGUGUUCAUGUGUGCAUUUCUACUGCCAAAACAGAAUGUGCAAAAAUUGCAAACACAGCUUUACCGAAUUAAGUGUGGGUAUUCAAGACUCCCAGUCCUGCACUGGGACUCAUAAUUUAAAGUCUAUCAAACAAGAUAAAAAUAGUAAUAAGAUAAUUUCACUACUCAAAAUCAAUUUUUCUUCUCAGCAAUAUCUUAAAGUCAUGGUAGAUUGAAAGGACAAUUAAUUCUUACUAACGAUUCUUUUCAGUGUUGCUCAUCUCAAGAGCUGAUGUAUGCAAUUCAAUUUGUGAUCUGUAAAUAAGUUAAACAUACACUGUAAUCAAGGAAAUUUUUUUUUCCAGGAUACAAAUGUACUGUACUGUUACAAAAGAAAGAACAAAAAAAAAACCAAAACCCCAAAACUAAACAAACCAAUACCCUCUUCAGUUUUAGGUUAGUUAUUGUAUCUAUAGUUGUUUUUUUUCCUGGGAAAAUGGACUUUUGGAUUACACUUCAUUUAAAAAAAUCCAUCUACAAACUUCAAAAAGAGCAUUUUAAAUGCUACUAUUUUCUUGGAGAAUCUUUUAUAGAGCUGAAACUUAAAAAAAAAUUGAAAAAAACAGUUCAAUGAAAGUGAGGGUUAUUUUUAAAAUGUCAUCUUGAAGCUGUUUUGUAUCAGUAUUUUCAGCAUUAUUUGUAAUACUAAGUGUAAAUCUCGCCCAGAGAAGGGUAUUAGCCACAUGUUAAUGUACAGUACAGCAGUAACUGUAAAAGAGGACCUUUCUUUGAUCCUCUUGUGUAUAUAGGAAAUCAUAAAGCAACAGCAUGUGGACAUUCUUGCAGUGAAUUGAUUCCUUUGUACUAAAAAUCUCUAGUUUUUUAAGAGUUCCAUGUACAAAAUUAUUUAUACAUUUCUCCAAGGCUGUACAUAUCCAAAGACAUGACACCAGGGGAAAAUGCAUUUAUUAUUUUUUUUCCAUGGAUGUACCUUUCUUCCCUUCUUUUUUUUUUUUUUUCUCUUUCUGUACAACAAAGCAUAACUGCAAAGUUUCUGCUUAAAAAUACUUGUUAGUUCCAUGUCUUUCGGUGUGAUAGAGGGCAUUUUAAGGAGGAGGAAAUCCCUGAAGAAAAACUGUUUCCAUUUGAAGCAGGGUCCGUCCCACUUUUUUAGAGCAAUCACUUGGCAAAAGAAACCUUAGAUCUGUGCCCUAAAUAUUUUCUUAAUAAUUUAACAGAGCCACACCUGAAAUGUGCUCAUCAUCAUCUCUGGACUUAACCCCGACUAGGACAUGUUCAUAAGAUACAAUAACAUGCUAGGGCCAGCCCUGCUCAUAAAUUAUUGAGAUGGAAGGAAAACAUUUGUCCAAUACUGUUUUUAUGUUUGGAUUUCUGAGCAGUGGAAAGGGGUUUUUGUGUGUGUACGUGGAUGAAGCUCAAGCUGUGUGCUUGUGCACACUGGAGAAAGAAAUCUUGCUACAAAGCUCUCCUCUAUUUAGGCUAUUUAGCAGCUAUAUGAAAGUAUCCAGCAACAGAAAUUUCUGCCACCUUUCCAGACAGGCCAGCCCUCUGUAUGUAAAAUGAAACAGCCAGAAAAGAUUCCAUUACUUCAGUCCAGACUCUUAUUGGUUUCUAUUCCACACAACUCCACAUAAAUGUUAGAAGGGUUUAUUUAUGUGGCUUUUUUCCUGGGUGUUAUGAAAGGGUGUAUAUCCAGACUAAGAUGCUCAAAUGAUGUUUAGAUAAGCAUUUGAAAUCUUACCAAAGCGUUCAUGUUUGUCCUACAGGUUCAUUUCAGUCAUUACAAGUUCAUUACCAAUAAAAAUUGGUGGUUUUCUCUUUCAAAAAGCCAGUUUGGAAGUAAUGAUUUCUGUCUGUGCUGGUUCACUUUAUACUGUUAAAUACACAGUGCACUCUUCAGAGUAAUAAAAAUGAGGUGUUUACAAAUCAGUACUGUACUUUAUAUGCCCUGAGAGUUGUGCCAUAUCUUCAAUGGUUUGAUUGGUAUGACACCGACUUCCAUUAGGUUAUACCAAGUUAAGUCACCUGAUGACUGAGAUUGUGGCCUUUAAUCCAGCUAGUCUCAGUUUAUGCACAGGAGAUCUCUAAAUCUGGAAAUCUUGGGUCACAAAAAAAACCCCAAGAAAAUAAAACAUCAGAUUGUGAUCUAUGGUGAGUGCACUUUUUUUUCCCCCCCCUUCACAUUCAAAAUCAAAAAACUCCUUUGAACGUCUACAUAGUUCACAAGUGAAGAAGAGUAAUAUCUAACAAAAUGCAAAAUCUUGAAAUAAAAAUCUGGAGAAAAAAAAUACAGGGGAGUCUUCUCACAGACGUUUGUAAAGUUGAUAAGUUUGUAAAGACGUUGGUAACUUCUGUAUUCGAGUGCAGUAAUGAAAUAUGUUCUAUGGCCUCUACCACUCUCUGCUGAAUUUUUUCAGAGGGAGAAUUUGCUGUUUGAAGCUUGUUCUAGACAAAGCAGAGAGUACAGUCUGAGAAAGUACACUGAAAAUAUCUGUGCAGGUCUUCUCCCAACUGGGAGAAACACACAGCAUCCUUUCCUUUCCAGGAUGUAUCUUACUGUUCGCCAGCAAGAAGCUGAGAGAGAUUCCUCAGGAGAAAAGCCUCAAAUCACGCAGGCCACAGCUGUCUUUAAAUGGGCUUGACUUUAACAUGUCCCAUAGAAGGCACUUCUGAAAUAAUGUGGAAAUUUCAGCAGCUGCAGAACACACCUUGCUGGGUUAUUGGGGCUUUGUUUUUGAGAUAAGAAUGGUUUUAACUGGUGCUGGUUUUAACCUUGUAAACUCUGUUUGGAACUUGCUUGCUCGCUGGUGAUCUACCCAGGAUGUGAGAGUUUAUCCACUGUAAUGGAUAUGAUACUAACUCCUCACAGUUUAAAGACAUUGGAUAUCCUCCCUUAGGAGCUUGGGAUUUGCAAUGUAUUUUCAGUCUAGGAGAACUAUCUGGAUUUAAUUAUCUUCUUCUUCAAGGAUCUUCAGUUGUUGCAAAGUAGAAAAGAAACUUACUUAUUGAAGUAUUUUGGAAAGAUUUUGUGGUUAUUUUUAUUUUAAAAUACACUUAAACAGUAUCUCCCUGUAUCUAAAGAAAAGGGAAAAAAAAAAAAAAAAAAGGAAAAAAAACCCCAACUUUUAUCAGUAUAUAUUUCCCAUAAAUCUGUGAUUCUCACUAGCCACAGCUGUCACUUGCAUUCUGUUCAGCUGUGAAAUAUUUUUGGAUUUGCUGUUUUUGUUGCCUUCAUUACCUCUAGUUCUGGGGGUUUUUGCCAUCAAUCCAGUACUUGAAACACACAGGGAGGGCUGUUGAGGAUUUCUGUGGAAGUAAUCUUGGUACUCUGAAAGCAGUGCAACAAAAAACUUACCUGGAGGUCAUGGUGUGUUUCCUGGAUGGUGGAUGAUGGAAAACCUAUUCUGAGUGAUCAUAGCUAUGAAGGAUUUGUGAGAAUCUGAUGGAUGUGGCAAAUAUCAUAUCUUCUGGCUUCUACAUCCACUUAAAGGUUGCAGAACAGAAAAUACUCCACUGAGAGGAUUUUUCUAGUGGG